AUGGCGUCUCGCCAAAUUCUCUGUCACCUUAUCGUGCGUGAGGCUACGGAUAAAGGUGACCCGAAACUCACCCAGCUUCAGUCAUCUCCGAAUGUCCUCAUCAGCCUCAACUCAAAAGGAAUUCGGAUCUCCUUCCCUCGCGACACAGAUCGAAGCAUCUGGAGUUGGUAUUCCGCUGACCAUGCAACUACAGACUCAACUCUCUACCACGUGAAAAUCGACCUGCCGCCACGAGGUUUCACUGCGACUACGCACGAACUCACCAAGGACAACCAACUGUCAGGCAUUGAUGAUCAACUGUCUGAAUAUCGACUCAUUGAGAUACAGAUCUCUCCUCAUUCCAACGCCACAGUCAUCGGCUUCGGCCUUCCAUUUCACGGAGCGAACACGACUGUUGAUGAGUGGGUCAACAAGCAUACUCCGAUCGCUGGGGUCAUUUCCCUACCAGAGAUCCUCCAGAGACGAAACUUCACUCUCCUGGUGAAGACCAGCAAUGCUGAUAUCGAAACCAUCAUCAAGGGCAUUAAUGAGCGGCCCCAACUUAGCGACUACGGAUUCGGUGAUGAUCACAGAUGGAAUUGGGAGCGCUAUAAUACACAAAUCCCCAAAACCAGAGGCAUGCUGUUCAACGAAAGGACCUGUUUCAAGAACCGAAACGAAAGAGAUACUGCUUGGACCCAGAUUCACGUUCAAGAUGUUUGGGACUUUCACCACGACCUGGAACAUGUCAACGAUCAAAACCGGCAUUGGCGAGCUGUCCAUCGCGCGCUCAAGGGAUCCUACACCAAGCUACAAGUCAGGUUUCUGGCGAAUGACUCCCGACGUCGUUCUGUUGUCUGGGAUGCAUCCCCGGUCAUUUAUGGCGACUCAGAACUCCCAUCCAACAUUGACUCGUACGAUCGAAUUCCGCUGGUCUUGUUGCGCCCAGACACAGGCGAAGGACACGCCUUCUCGCCCAUCGCUCACGAAAAAUACGAUGGAGUCAAAGAGGAACUUGACCGGGAUUGCUUGGAACUCAUCUGCGAAUCAAACGCGUAUGGGGAAGAGCUUCGCGUCCAUGCCGUCAAUCGUCUGAGUGAUCCAAAGGUCUGGCCUGUCACCAUGCAGCAGGAUACUCUCGCAUCCAACAAGAAGGCCAUCUUCAAUGAACUCUUGAUCGGCAAGGGACUCUGGAAUCUUCAUCAGUCCGGCGCGAAGGUCAACCUGCCGCCAUUUGAUCUCUUCAAAGAUGUCCCCGCCGAAAUUCGAGACACCUGCCUUGGCUCUGUUUUUGAAGGCGAUCGAAGCAAGGUACGACAAUACUUCAGCAGCCUUCAUUUCGGUCUUGGAAUUGUUUCUGGUCCUCCUGGUACUGGAAAGUCGACACUCGCCUCCGCCAUCACAGUUCUCAUGUGCCUCAACCCAACCAUCAAGCACGUCUACCUGAGCGCCGCUUCGAAUGAAGCAACCGACAAUAUCCUCGACCGCACCGACGCCCUGGCCAAGUCCAUCAUCAAGAAGCUCAUCGCCGAUGAUGUUUCCGUCAAUCAGCUGAUGGUCGUCCGGGGGUACAGACUCAAAGAUGAGCAGGACAAGUGUCUCCGAGCUUUGGCUGGGCUGCGUUUCAAGCCUGGCUCUCGAAGCGCGUCGGCGUGGAGGUUCGAAAACUCUUUGUGCUGGUGGACACUGCGGGUUCUGGGUUCAAGCGCUGUCCCGAAAUUGACCUCCGGCGACAACAGCGAACUUUGGGACCUUCACCAGAGACUCAAAGGACUCUCGGUUCCUGGCGUCAAGCGCUCCAACAUGUCCGAGUUUUCUAGCCUUGUGAAGUUUGCAGAAGAGCAGGACCCGGCGAAGAAGCGCAGACUGUACUCAACCGGAAGUUACGAGAAACCCUUGCGCAAUCUGAUGGCCCUGGUCAUCAAAUGUUCCAACGUCGUGGCCACGACUCCAGCGACGUCCAACUCCUUCCUCUACAGAUCCUACAACUCGGAUGUGGCUCGCGGCGUCAUCUUUGAUGAGGCUGCCACAUUGUUCUGUUCUGAUGGUCUGUUGGUUCUUGGCAAUACGCCUCGACCCAUGAUCAUGUUUGGCGAUACCAAGCAGCUUGCCCCUGUCCUCCCGACGGCCAUGGAGUUGCUCCAUACCGGCAAGGAUAGACGCGACAAAACACCAGAGGAGAAGCAGUUUCCUACUAACAGAUUUGCCAACUUCUACCGCAUCUCUUGGUUCCAUUUGUUCAUUUAUCUGGGAUGGCCUGUGUUCAAUCUCUACCGCCAACAUCGAAUGGCGCAGGGUCUCUUCGAUCUCUCAUUGAACACGGUUUACCCACAUUUGAUCUCACAUUUUGAGUACAGUUCACACUGUCAGUUGAAGAACUUUCCCAUCGGAACGCAAGUCGAGAACUACCUACGACUUGAACAUCACAUUCCUUCAGCUGGUGUGAAUCAAAUCCACCCCGUCUUCUUCAAUUGUCUUAAGUGUCCCUGCCGAAACUAUCCUCACAAGGCCACGCGAUUCAAUCCUCGACAGGCUGAUUUGAUUGCUGAGUUUCUGGUCAAGAUGAUCGAAGAACUGAAACUCAACCCCGCCGACAUCGCCGUCAUCACUUACUACCGAGCAAACCUUGCUGCAAUCCGGAAGCGAUUCAGAGACGACGAUCGACUCAAGGAUGUUACGCCUUCAACAGUCAACACGUUCCAGGGUCGAGAAGCUCAGAUCGUGGUUCUGGCGUUGUGCGUCACCCGCGAAACCGGGCCAUCGUUUGUCGCGGAGCAGAGAAGUCUCAACGUGGCGCUGACUCGACAAAAGUCAAGUCUCUUGAUCUUUGGAGACAUUGAAACCACGAACCAGAGAUACCGGCCCCUGCAGGAAGAAGACCAUGCCGAUGAUGGGCUUCAGAAGCCGGACAAGACAGUGAUUGGCAAUGUCCUGCGCACCAUUGCGGGCAGUAGACGGGUUGUGAAUCUACAUGGCAACCCAGAGAUCGACCCAGAUGGGAACUGGGAGACCCUGACAAGGCAACCCGAGUUUCUUGGGUGA